CAGCAGGCGGCGCCACCGCGGUAUUAUUUCAAAGACAACAGCGCAAUAGUAUACUGCAGCUUUCAACUCUUAUUUCUCCAUCCUGCUGGUGUUCGGUGGCCAUCCGGAAGAGAUCCAGUUUCUUUAACAGCGCAUCUGGACAUCAGAAAACAUCCUGAGACCUGCCUGUGUUCAAAGCUUCUGCCAGAGUGAACUGAAGUGGAGGCUUCAGAGGUCUGGGACGGGUCAAAGGGCAGUCAUCUGAUGUCAGGCGAAAUAAGGUCUGCCAGUCAUGCAGACUGCCAGGUCACAGAGGAAUGCCAUGUCCCAGCUGACGUGGAGCUGAUGGAGCUGGGUCCCCUGCUGGAGGAGGAUGGCCCCAUAGGAGCCAAAGGAGCCCAGUCAGAGGGAGCAAGCAGUCUCGCUGAUGAUGAAGAGGAGGAUGAAGAAGUCGGAGAGUUUCUGACGCUACCACUGCAGGCUCACCAUGCAAUGGAAAAGAUGGAGGAGUUUGUGCAUAAGGUCUGGGAGGGCCGCUGGAGGGUCAUUCCCUUUCAUGUCCUGCCGGAGUGGCUAAAAGACAAUGACUACCUCCUGCACGGUCAUCGGCCUCCCAUGCCCUCGUUCCGUGCCUGCUUCGGGAGCAUUUUCAGGAUCCACACAGAGACUGGGAAUAUCUGGACUCAUUUAGUGGGGUUAAUCUUAUUCUUGGGCCUGGGCACACUUACCAUGCUAAGGCCCAAUAUGUACUUCAUGGCCCCGCUGCAGGAGAAGGUGGUGUUCGGGAUGUUCUUCUUGGGUGCAGUUCUGUGCCUCAGCUUCUCCUGGCUUUUUCACACUGUUUACUGCCAUUCUGAGAAAGUCUCUCGCACUUUCUCGAAACUAGACUACUCUGGCAUUGCUUUGCUGAUCAUGGGUUCUUUUGUACCCUGGCUUUACUACUCCUUCUACUGCUCUCCUCAGCCGCGUCUCAUCUACCUCACAAUCGUCUGUGUUUUGGGAAUAGCAGCAAUCGUUGUUGCCCAGUGGGACCGUUUCUCCACUCCCCGCCACAGGCCCACCAGAGCAGGAGUUUUCAUGGGUCUUGGACUGAGUGGGAUUGUCCCCACCAUGCAUUUCACCAUCGAGGAGGGUUUCGUCAAGGCUACUACUGUUGGACAGAUGGGCUGGUUCUACUUAAUGGGCGCCAUGUACAUCACAGGUGCUGGGCUGUAUGCUGCACGAAUCCCAGAGCGCUUUUUCCCGGGCAAGUGUGAUAUUUGGUUUCACUCACACCAGAUAUUCCAUGUGCUGGUGGUGGCAGCAGCCUUCAUUCAUUUCUAUGGCGUGUCCAACCUGCAGGAGUUCCGCUACGGCCUUGAAGGAGGCUGCACUGACGACACUCUCCUCUGAGAGCUUACAAACAUAUACCUUUUCAAUUAGGAUUUUUAGUGCCCAUAUUUCUACUCAUUCGUUGAUUUGUUUUUAUUUACCUUUGAGUUUUUUCCUGAUUGUUUCAACUUUUAUUCUUUUUUCCUUGUUACAAAGAGUCCGUGAGUUCAUUUGUUCCCUGUUACAAAGAGUCCAU